UCUGUGAGCGCAUGUGCUGCCGUUCGCCGCGUCGGGAACGCAUGCGCCGCCUUCUCCCGCCGCUCGCCGUCCACCCGCCGCCAUGCCUCCCAGUCCCAGCACCUCCUCCAGCCGCGGCCACGGCCGGCGGAAGCGCGUUCGCCAUCCCGGAGUUGAUUCCGCUCCUGGAGCGGGCCAUCUCCACGGGGGACGUGCUCCGUCUCGGCCGCGCAGUGCACGCGCGCCUCGUCAAGACGGCGCUCACCAGCCAUACGCUCCUGUCCAAUCGCCUCGUCGCGCUCUACUCCCGGCUCCCAUCGUCGGCCGCUGCGGUCGCGGCCUUCGACGACCUUCCGCACAAGAACGCGCACUCCUACAACACGCUUCUCGCCGCGCUCUUGCGCAGGCCGGACACCUUCCCCGACGCCCUCCACCUGUUCGACACAAUGCCGGCCGACGCACGCAACCUCGUCUCCUAUAACACCCUCAUGUCGUCCCUCGUGCACCACGGGAGGCAGGCGGAGGCGCUCCGCGUGGUUGCGCGGCUGGCCAGAGACAGGUUCUUGGGGCCAGGGUUGGCCAUGGAUCGGUUCACGGUGGUCAGCGUGGCGACUGCAUGUGCGGGAAUCAGAGCUGCCAGGCCGCUGCGGGAAAUGCAUGGCGCGGUUGUGGUAUCAGGGAUGGAGUUGACCGUCAUCAUGGCCAAUGCCAUGGUGAACGCCUACAGCAAGGCUUGGAGGGUGGAAGAAGCAAGGCAUUUGUUCGAUCAGAUCAGCAUUCGAGACAAUGUCACUUGGACGUCGAUGAUUUCUGGGUACUGCCAAGUGAAGAAGCUCGAUGAGGCAUUGCAGGUGUUCGAUAUGAUGCCAGAUAAAGAUAGGGUUGCAUGGACAGCACUGAUUUCUGGGCAUGAGCAGAAUGGAGAGGAGGACACUGCUCUUGAGCUGUUCGAACGGAUGCUAGCCGAGGGAGUAUCACCAACGACUUUUGCAUUGGUAUCAGUUUUGGGUGCAUGUGCCAAACUUGGGCUUGUCACACGGGGGAAGGAAUUGCACUGCUCCAUCUUGCGACGGAGCAUUGGCUCUGACCCUUUCAACAUUUUCAUCCACAAUGCACUCGUUGACAUGUACUCUAAGUGUGGGGACAUGACGGCUGCCAUGGCAGUGUUCCACCGGAUGCCUGAGAGGGACUUUAUCUCUUGGAACUCCAUGGUCACUGGGUUCUCGCAUAAUGGCCUGGGAAAGCAGUCGCUUGCUAUUUUUGAGGAGAUGCUGGUGGCUGGAGUUCGUCCAACCCAUGUCACUUUCCUCGCUGUCCUCACAGCCUGCAGCCAUUCCGGUCUAGUAUCUAAUGGACGCCUCAUUCUCGAAUCAAUGGAGGACCAUGGUGUUGAACCAAGGGCUGAACACUAUGCUGCCUUCAUUGAUGCUCUUGGUCGGAAUCGGCAGUUGGAAGAAGCAAUUGAGUUCAUCAAAGAUUUGCCAUCCAGGAUUGGUCCUGGUACAGCUGGGUCCUGGGGAGCUCUCCUAGGUGCAUGUCGCCUUCAUGGAAAUAUCGAGCUUGCAGAGGAAGUGGCAGAGUUUCUCUUCAAAUUAGAGCCUGGCAACAGUGGUCGGUAUGUCAUGUUGUCAAACAUCUAUGCAGCUGCAGGACAGUGGGAUGAUGCACGUCGAGUCAGGGGGCUCAUGAAGGAGAAGGGCCUGAAGAAGGAUCAGGCUUACAGUUGGAUUGAGGUGCGGAGUUUAAAGCACGUAUUUGUUGCUGAUGACAUGUCUCAUUGCGAGGCAGACGAGAUAUAUGAGAUGUUGGGCAAGCUUCUCGACCAUAUGAGCACAGCAGAGGAUCCUACGGAACACCAGCUUAAUUUUUGCUGACAUUUGAGAGAAACCACCCAUGUAUAAAAAGCAUUUGCUCUGGUGUUGCCAGAACACUCACUCUGGUAUGAUGAUGGUAGGCAAGGUCCGCUGCGUUGUCAUCAGCAUCCUCAUUCAUUGUCAUACACUCUGUUAAAACAUUGUGAGACUGCAAAAUAGCUCCAGAGUCAGGGCUUCUGUGCGUGCUGAUUUUUUGAACCUUCAGUUUGAGAGGUCAAGUGCUCAACGAGGUUUACCCAGAGAAUCACCUGCAGUUGAUUCAAUGUUCCAAGUCUUGGGUCAUGGCAUAAUCUGUGGCUUCAACCACAGCAGAAGCUGCAAGAGUUUGAUCCAUUUCAGUUUGAGUUCCUUGACUUCACAGUCUAAUAUUCCUCUGCAUUGUGCUGUCGGCUGAUCUUUCCCUUUCCUUAAGAAAAAAACACUGAUUCUUGAGAACGAUGAUUCUAUGUUAGAAGGUUCAGAGAGAUUCUGAUUUAGUUAAGUCUGUAGCUGUGGCACCACCAUGUGAGCUGAUUUAUCUAUUGUACAAAUCGAGGGAAAUAGUUCUGAGCAUCCAAAUAAUUGUGUGAAUGGAUAAUUUGUCGGGCAUAUUUGCUGCUCAGAAAGUCUUUGGGCUGUGGUUGAAGAGUUCUAUCGCUCAAAGAUUUUGAAGGUCUCUUUCUUUCAAGCUAGAGGUCGUUUGUGUUCGUGUUGGAGCGCUGGAAGAGGGGUCUGUGAAGCAUCUGUCGUAUUCUGUGCAACAGGCCAACAGUUGCCACUUGCUGCUGGCGGGCCACUCAGUUUGAGCGUGCGCCGAACGUGACUCCCUGCAAGGCUGCGAGUUGAUUCCCAUCCAACCGGGUUGCAGGUUGAUGGACACUUGCACUGGUUGCAGCAGCAGAGAAUAAUAUGGAAGUGGGGCACAUGGAGAGAAUGUAAGCACUGAUGUACGCACAUAAACGCCGCAGCAAUUGGAUAAGAAGGUGCCUGGAUGGAUGAACACCUUGAGCGAUGAUGGCUGUUGUAUAUUGGGCGGCACUGUGCUGUGUUGACAGGACGACAGAUGCAUGCAAUGCAACCCACACUCCAUGGCCAGUUAGAGGUAAUCUUCUCACCAUGUCACCAUCAAUAUAACCAGAUCAUCAUCCAUUCAUCAUCAUCAUUAUACAAAUCACAUAUAUAGAUACUUUUGUAACAUGAGAAAAAAGAAAAGCAUAAGUUAGAAACAUAUAAAAACACAACUUGGUAACAUGAAAAAAAAAAGAAGAAAGAAACAAACAAAAAGUUGAUGAUUUUUUUUUUGUUAAAAAAAAAAACUGGGAAUGUACAGGGAGUAGCAUGCGAUCGUCACAGGUGAUGUAGACACGCAGUAACAAAAGCCCAUGAAGACAGACACGAGGAGCAAAAGGGGAGUGGCCAUCCAGUACUCCCCCACACCACUGAACUGGCGGGACGGGCAUCACCGUUGGUUUCAUUCACUUCACCGGCCCAGGCCCCGCUGCCGCUGCAGGCCAGUCUAGCUGCCACCACACCAGCUAGCGAAGCGAGCUGCAUUUUCCGGCCCGCCUGACACCCGGCGCGCACGAGUGGGCGACCCACCCACACGCAGCAGCCGUGGCACACCGUGUGUCCUCUCCUCUCCCCUGGCGUCUCGAUCUGGUGCAUCCUGCAGCCAGCAACCACGGGGUACGGUCGGGCACCAUGGCUGCCAUCCAUCACUUUGCCUUAUCCCGCGCCGCGCGUGAGACAGAACGUGCCGGUAUGGUAUGGUAUCCUUGAGUUGAGACCAUAUGCCGAGAGAGGAAUGUGGAGGCCUGCCACUCCUCCGUGUCCAUUCCUCUUAUAUUCUAUCCCCAUGUGUCUCGUCAGUGUGCACGCACGCUCACCGGAUGCAAAAGUGCUGCAAAGGGAAGGCAGGUUUAUGUUAUGAGUGCUUCAUCAUCGGGGUCCAUAACAAAUUAAACUCUUGCUGCUGCAUUCAUCGGAUGCUGCUCUGUAGAUGCAGAGACGUACUCCCUUC